AUGGCUGUGGUGAGAUCUUCACUGCAGAAAGUGAUGCUUUUUCUACAACACAUCCAAAGAAUGGCUGUCACGUCACCACGUUAUCAGAAACUGUGCAAGGACAUUCAGACAGAUGUUGAUACCCAGACUGAUCUUUCUAAAAGGGCACUGGGGGGUCAGAUCCCGAAUACCAUGGCACAAGAGCUUGAUAAGUUUGGAGAUCUGGACCACAUUCAUAUAGCCUCGAGAAGAGAGUGUUUCGAGGCCGGUGCGGAGAAAUGGACAGGACUCAUAGCCAUCCUUGAAGAGCUUUGGUUCUGGGUAAAGCUGAAAGAUGAGGAGCUGACAAGGCAGAGGCCGGUGGGAGAAGAUGUACAUACUUUACUGCAGAAACAAGGCUACUGUACGGCCUUGCACAGUGAGUUGACUGGACGGAGACAGGAUAUGAAUCAGACAUGUCUGUCUCUGGCUGUUCAACCUACAACAAUGGAAGUCCAGAGCAAUAUAGAGACGGCUUCAGAUGCCACCAAGUGUCAAAUUUGA